AUGAUCCUCCUUCUCGCGAUCCUCGCGCUCCUGUGCACCGAUGCGGUGGUCGCCGCCAAGAUCCCCGGCCCGUCCCCGUACGCCGCGGUGGACGCGCGCAACGCGGGCGCCGAGUUCGACAACCUCCCGGGAUUCACCCGAUCGCGGUACGCGCGCGAUCACGCGCUCAUCACGCCGGAGUCCCGCGUGUACACCGGCCUCUUCGGAUGGCGGGAGACCAACGCCGCGUGGUUCGUCACCCCGGCGAUGGCCGGCGGGCCGACCUUCAGCAUGUACCAGGCGCUCAUGCGCCCCGGCGCGAGCAGCGGGAUGCCCGAGCCCGGCACCUGGCGCUUCGUCUUCGUCAUGGAUGGCAAGAUCUCGGUGCAGGACGACCUCGAGCUCACCGACGGCGGCGGCGCGGCGAGCGGCAGGUACAACGACCUCACCCACGGCCACUUCGCCUACUUUCCCGCCGAUCACAGGCACAAGAUCACCACCUCGGAGGGCGCGUCGCUGCUCAUCUACGAGAAGAAGUACGUGCCCCCGAGCGGCGGCGUCGCCGAGGCCAUCGGACCCAACCCGCCGACUCCCAGGUUCCUCGUGGGUCACACCGACGACCUGCCCAACAUCGAGACCCCGGGCGAGGUGUUCGGCCUGAAGAAGCUCCUGCCGCAGUCUCUCGAGUGGGACGUCAACUUUCACGUCAUGGACUUCAACCCCGGCGAGCACCUCUACGUGAAGGAGAUCCACUACAACCAGCACGGACUCAUGCUACUGGAAGGUAAGGGGGUGUACCGGCUGGGAGACGAUUGGUACUCGGUGCAGGCUGGCGACGUCAUCUGGAUGGCGCCUUACGUCACGCAGUGGUACGCGGCGCUGGGUUACAAGCGAAGCAGGUACAUCAUCUUGAAGGACACCAACCGGGACCCCAUCAACACGAACGCUCCGUAG